CUCCCAGCCCCCCCUCCCUCUGUUUGGUCGUCCUUCCUUUCCUUCGCGGCGCCUUCACCCCCCCCCUCCCGCUUCUCGGCUUUGAUUUCUUCCACACCCCUGCCAAAUGAGCGCGCAAGAUGAGGAUCUGGCCUUCCGCCAUGCGAUCCCGCUGGUGACGCGGCAACUCUUGGGCCGAACGUCCCUGUUCAAUCGCCUCCCCGAGUCGGGAGCCGUGCCUCGAGCGCCCGGAGACGCCACCGGGCCCGGGCCCGAGGAUGUGGCCCAUUGGUUGGCCAGCUGGACUGGCGGCUAUGGACCUCUUGGUCAACGGCUUGGAUGCCACCCGCGUGUGGCCAUGUCGGCCUGCCGCGCAGCCAAGGCCUACCUGGCCGGAAUGCGCCCCAUCCCGAGCGCCGAGGCGCCGGCACCGGAUGCCAGCCGUCUGGAGGAGCCCCCCGCCUCGCAGGGCACCCAGGAGGCAAUGUGCCAAGACUCGCCCAGCCCCCCUCGGCCGGGAUCCCUGGCUGGGGGCGUCCGCCUGUCGGACCUGCUGUCGCGGUCGAUCAGCCAGCCGCGCAUUUCGCUGCUCUGUCGGGCGCUGAACCAAAAUCUCAGCUGCUCGAUUGCCGAUCUGUCGGCCCUCGAAUAUCUGGCUUCAGGACGAGACACCGGGGCCGCGUUGGCGUCCGGCCGUGCGGCGGCCACCCACCUGUCGGCCCUCUUCGCCGGGGGGCUGGAUUUGGGCCGUGUGGUCGAACUCGCCGGGGCCCCGGGCCUGGGGAAGACCCAAAUCGCCAUCCAGGCAUGCACCAUGUGCACUCUGCCGGCCGACGCCGGGGGCGUCGGUCGACCGGCCCUGUACAUCGACACCGAGGGGAGCUUCUUGCCAUCACGCGUUCGUGAAAUUGCCACUGGCGUGCUUGCCGAUCUUGCGGUCAUCCGGCCGGCCGCGGCACGCGAUCUUUCCGUGGAUGCCAUCCUCGAUAGCAUUUUCCAUGUCCGGGUGCACGAUGUGACCGAGCUGAUGGCCGUGUGCACCAUCCUCCCGGACUUGGUGGCCGAGAAGUCGAUUGGCCUCGUGGUGAUCGACAGUCUGGCCUUCCCCCUGCGUCAUGGGGAAGGGGCACGCGUCCGCUCCCUCGCGCUGUCUUCCAUAGCUGGGAGUUGUUCGGAUGCCGCGCUUCGUGGGAAUUGCGCCGUCCUGCUCUUGAACCAAAUGACCACGCGCUUUGAGGGGCGCUCCGCUGGCACUGGCUCGCUGGCAAACCUGCCAAGCACGACCACCGAUUCGGGGGUGACACUUGUCCCGGCUCUCGGCGAGAGCUGGGGGCAUGUGUGCACUUCACGCACGGUCCUCACCUGGGACCGCUUCUCCAAUCAACGGAUUGCUUAUCAGUUUAAGUGCCCUGUCCGCGGGCCCAGUCGGGUCCCGUACUCGGUGGAGCAAGGGGGUGUCCGGGAUCCCGGCUUCCGGAUGCUCCUGGCUCGGACAUUCCCCUCCCCUUCUCCGACUGUGGGCGACGAGUUGAGCCGGUCUCCUCCCGCCCCAGAGCAACAGCCCCCUCUGAAGCGGCCAAAGCUCCAGUAGGAAAUAGAGAUCCGACAUGUGCAUGGGUAUCUUCCGAUCUCGACAUGGCACC